AUGGAGUCACAAACGAAGAUCAAGGGCCUUCCAGCCGUUCCAGCUCAAACAGCCCAGGGAGAGCCAAGAGGCUCAUGGGAACAGACUCUUCCAUCACUGAAAGAGGAGAAGCAUACGGUGAAAUGCAGAAACUGUGGGGCCUUUGGCCACGCUGUGAGAAGCAGAAUGUGCCCUGUGAAGCAAGGUCGUGUACUCCUAGUCCCCCAGUCUCUGGGAGCCAGGAAGGAGAAAGAGAACUGGGAUCCUUGCAGGCCCCAUGGUCUACAGAAACUCAGUCAAGUCACCAGACAGAGAUGUGAUGAGCAGCAGAGGAAAGCUCCCUUCCAGAAAUUUCCAAUGGAGCCGCAAAAGGGGAACCAGCAGGUCAACUUGGCUCAGCCACGGAUGCCAAGCCUCCCUGGGAUCAGAAAGAUGAAUACGUCACCAGUUAAAGCGUCUCUUGGGAAGCAGCUGUGCCCUGGAAAACCUGCCCUCAGAAGCUUUGACAGCUCCUACAUCUUACAUUCCAGGCAGAAGGAAGGUCAGAGCAUGGGUGUUGCUGGUGUUGCCAAGCUAGUGUUCAGGCAGGAUGGAAGAAACUCAGCCUCAGGAGAGCUACUGGAUCAAAAGGGUAUCUCAUGUCAACUCCCCGUUGCUAUCCCCGAAAGUAAUGCAAUCGGUGAACUGUUCCACAAAGAGCCAAAAGCCCAGGGUCCCAGUAGGAAAACGCAGCCCAGCCAGCAUCCUGUCCUCCACCAGAAUAGACAAAACCCCAAACUCAGCUCCAGGGCCCCAGGUAAGGAAGCUCCCCGGUGCCCCACACAGCCUAGCCAGAAUCCCCAGAAGAAACGAAGACUUUGUUCUACAGAUGCACCAGAGAAGAGCCAUACAAGGAUUGGUUCCAAGGGCACCCUGGACAGCCAGUCUCCUCCCCUUGCCAACAGACUUGGACUAAAAGAUGCAGAUGAAAUGAGCAAGAAAAUAGCAGCCCAGGAUCCCAGCACUGACCAACAACAGCUACAUAGCAGGGUUGCUCUGGUCCCAACCAGACCCUGUAUUGAGUCCCACCGGGCAUCGGCUAGCCAUGUUGCAGACCAAGCCCUGAGAAUGAUCUUCACCAGACAUGGUAGUAACUGCUGGAGCUCCAGGUUCCUGAAAGUGCCCCCACCACUUCCCCUUGAGAAGCAAACACCUCCUUCAGAGAGCCCUGCCUUCCCUGAGGAAGGAGAGGCAGCAGGAUCACAGGUCAAAGUGAGCGUCCUCUGUGAGGACCUUCAGGUCUCCUCCUCCUCCUCCUCCUCAGAGAACAGUGAUGGAGAAUGA